GCACUCAUUUUCCGCGCAGACAUCGAAGAGCUGCCCUGGCCGAGAGAAGGAGCAGCUUUGUGCGGCAACUGAAAAAGCAAAACCUUAAGGAAAAAUCGGAGUUGGACACCGAAACGAGCUGGUUCAUGAGGGGGCGGUAGAGGAUGAGAAUGGAGUUCCCGCAGCAACAGAAACCUGCCGAGGGCAAGAUCACAUACCCCCCGGGGGUGAAGGAGAUCACCGACAAGAUCAGCAACGACGAGGUGGUCAAGCGCUUAAAGAUGGUGGUGAAGACUUUCAUGGAUAUGGACCAAGACUCAGAGGAUGAAAAGCAGCAGUACCUCGCUCUAGCGCUCCACCUGGCAUCUGAGUUCUUCUUGCGCAACCCAAACAAAGAUGUACGGCUGUUGGUGGCCUGUUGCUUGGCAGAUAUCUUCCGCAUCUACGCACCCGAGGCACCUUAUACAUCCCACGAUAAGCUCAAGGACAUCUUCCUGUUUAUCACCAGGCAGCUGAAGGGUCUGGAGGACACUAAAAGCCCACAGUUCAACAGAUACUUCUACUUGCUGGAGAACCUGGCUUGGGUAAAGUCUUACAAUAUUUGCUUUGAACUGGAAGACUGCAAUGAGAUAUUUAUCCAACUCUUUAAGACUCUCUUCUCCGUCAUCAACACCAGCCACAACCAGAAGGUACAGAUGCACAUGCUGGAUCUGAUGAGCUCCAUCAUCACAGAGGGAGAUGGGGUCACCCAAGAGCUGCUGGACUCUAUCCUCAUAAACCUCAUUCCUGCACACAAGAAUUUGAACAAGCAAGCAUAUGAUCUUGCUAGGGUUCUCUUGAAGAGGACUGUUCAAGCCAUUGAGACUUGCAUUGCCUAUUUCUUCAACCAAGUUCUUGUCCUGGGCAAGUCGUCAGUGAGUGAUCUGUCAGAACAUGUUUUCGACCUGAUCCAGGAGCUGUUUGCCAUAGACCCUCACCUCCUGGUUUCUGUGAUGCCUCAGCUGGAGUUUAAACUGAAGAGUAAUGAUGGUGAGGAGCGUCUGGCUGUGGUGCGGCUGCUGGCCAAGCUGUUCGGAGCCAGGGACUCAGAGCUGGCCAACCAGAACCGCCCAUUGUGGCAGUGCUUCCUGGGAAGAUUCAAUGACAUCCAUGUGCCAGUGAGACUGGAGUGUGUGAAAUUUGCCAGUCACUGCUUGAUGAACCACCCUGAUUUGGCCAAAGAUCUUACAGAAUAUCUGAAAGUUCGAUCACAUGACCCUGAGGAAGCUAUUCGUCAUGAUGUCAUAGUCACCAUAAUUAAUGCAGGGAAGAAGGACUUGAAUCUGGUGAAUGACCAGCUGCUGGGUUUUGUCAGGGAGAGGACUUUGGACAAGAGGUGGCGAGUUCGAAAGGAGGCCAUGAUGGGUCUUGCUCAGCUGUACAAGAAGUACUGUCUGCAUCAUGAGGCUGGCAAGGAGUCUGCUCAGAAGAUCAGCUGGAUAAAAGACAAACUUCUCCACAUAUACUACCAGAAUAGCAUUGAUGACAAGUUGCUGGUAGAGAAGAUCUUUGCACAGUACAUGGUGCCUCAUAGCUUGGAGACCGAGGAAAAAAUGAAGUGUCUGUACUAUCUGUAUGCCUGCUUAGACCCAAAUGCUGUAAAGGCUCUGAAUGAGAUGUGGAAGUGUCAGAACAUGCUGAGGGGUCUGGUACGGGAGCUGUUGGACCUGCACAAACUGCCCCCAUCUGAGGCCAACAACACAGCUAUGUUUGGGAAGUUGCUGACCAUAACCAAGAACCUUCCAGAUCCUGGUAAAGCCCAGGACUUCAUGAAGAAGUUCAACCAGGUGCUAGCAGAGGAUGAGAAGCUGCGUGCCCAGCUGGAGCAGCUCAUAAGCCCAACGUGCUCCUGCAAGCAGGCUGAGGUUUGCGUGAGGGAAAUCACCCGCAAGCUGACAUUCCCAAAGCAACCUGCCAACCCUUUCCUGGAAAUGGUGAAGUUCCUGCUGGAACGAAUUGCUCCAGUGCAUAUUGAUUCUGAAGCUAUCAGUGCUUUGGUGAAGCUGCUGAACAAGUCUAUAGAGGGAACUGCAGAUGACGAGGAGGAAGGUGUGACACCAGACACUGCCAUUCGCUCAGGAUUGGAACUUCUCAAAGUGCUGUCUUUCACCCACCCUACCUCCUUCCAUUCGGCGGAGACGUAUGAAUCACUACUGCAGUGCCUGAAGAUGGAGGAUGACAAGGUGGCUGAGGCUGCUAUUCAGAUAUUCAGGAACACCGGGCAAAAGAUUGAGACGGAGCUCCCACAGAUAAGAUCGACACUGAUUCCGAUCCUGCAUCAGAAGGCCAAAAGGGGUACUCCACACCAGGCCAAGCAGGCAGUGCACUGCAUUCAUGCCAUCUUCCACAACAAGGAGGUGCAACUGGCACAGAUUUUUGAGCCCCUGUCACGCAGCCUGAAUGCGGAUGUCCCUGAGCAGCUCAUCACCCCUCUGGUUGCCCUGGGACACAUCUCUAUGCUGGCUCCGGACCAGUUUGCUUCACCCAUGAAGUCCAUUGUGGCCAAUUUCAUUGUCAAGGACCUGCUCAUGAAUGACAGGUCUGUGGGUAACAGGAAUGGGAAGCUGUGGAGCACAGAUGAAGAAGUUUCUCCAGAAGUUCUUGCAAAGGUCCAGGCCAUCAAAUUGCUGGUGCGCUGGUUGUUGGGAAUGAAGAACAACCAGUCCAAGUCAGCCAACUCCACCCUGCGUCUUCUGUCUGCCAUGUUGGUCAGUGAGGGUGACCUCACAGAGCAGAAGAAGAUCAGCAAGUCGGACAUGUCUCGUCUACGACUGGCAGCUGGCAGUGCCAUAUUGAAACUGGCGCAGGAGCCCUGCUACCAUGAAAUCAUCACACCAGAGCAGUUUCAGCUCUGUGGUUUGGUCAUCAAUGAUGAGUGCUACCAGGUACGGCAGAUCUUUGCUCAAAAACUGCAUCUGGCUCUGGCAAAGCUGCUGCUCCCACUGGAGUACCUGGCUGUUUUUGCCCUCUGCGCCAAGGAUCCAGUAAAGGAGCGCCGCGCCCAUGCCCGCCAGUGCCUGCUGAAGAACAUCAGCGUCCGUCGCGAGUACAUCAAGCAGAACCCCAUGGCUCAAGAGAAGCUUGUUUCACUCCUGCCAGAGUAUGUAGUGCCCUACAUGAUCCACCUAUUGGCCCAUGACCCAGACUUCACCAAGCCCCAGGACCUCGAGCAGCUCCGGGACCUCAAAGAGUGUCUGUGGUUCAUGUUGGAGGUGCUGAUGACCAAGAAUGAGAACAACAGUCAUGCUUUCCUCAGGAAGAUGGUAGAAAACAUCAAACAGACUAAGGAUGCACAAGCACCAGAUGACCCCAAAACCAAUGAGAAACUGUAUGUCGUGUGUGAUGUUGCACUGUUUGUGAUCACGAAUAAGAGUACAGCCUGUCAUCUGGAAUCACCCAAAGACCCUGUUUUGCCCACAAAAUUUUUCACACCUCCAGACAAGGACUUCAUAAAUGAUAAGGAUUAUUUGUCAUCAGAAGCCAGAACCUUUCUUUUAACAGGAAAGCCCAAACCCAACCCUGUGCUGGGCACUGUAAACAAGCCUCUGUCAGUGACAGGCAGGAGGCCCUACACAAAGUCUGCUCCAUUGGAGGCAGGCAGUAACCUCAGCAGCAAUUCGGAGCCCUGCUCACCUGCUGGGAGCAAGGGAAGGGACGGAGGCUCAGAGGCCACUGAAACGGGUGCCAGUGAGAAUGACGAGAACCCUGCAAUUGCCGCGACAGAGGCAGGAAAGAAGGAGCCCAGCUCUGAGACAGGUCAAGCUAGUGGGCGGAAGUGGGAUGCAGGUGCACCCCCCUCCAGCACGGAAAACAGUGUCACCUGCCAAACCACAGCAGCUCCACCCCCAGCUGUAAACAAACCCCGAAGAGGCCGUCCACCCAAGUCACUAGCAGGAGGAGGGGCCAGUAGUGCAGAGAAAGAGGGAGGUGGAGCAGGACGAGGGAGAAAGCGGGCAGUCCCAGCCUCUGAUGGCACUGGCACCCCCACAGUAGAGCCAAUCACCAUCAAGAUACCAAAACAGCAAGACACAGAUGCCAAGAGGUCAGCCCCACAAAGACAAAUGGAUCUGCAGAGGUAAAAAGAGAACGGCUGCAGACACCCAGGCAGUGGAAGACGAGCAGCUGGCUUGCUUCAGGACUUUCAGGACGCAACAGUGCUGUACAGACCCUGCACCUCCUUUAGACUCCAGAACUCAUUUGGGUUCCCCCAGUCGGAGCACACUGUCACUUGCGUUCCCGCACGCACAUACAAGAACCGCCACAAGGAGUCUCGGUUCAAGAAGCGAACCGUCUCAGAGGAAGAGAAGCAAGUCUUUAAGACGGUUGAUGUCCACUGUAUGCAGGUCUGAACAGCCAUCUUUGUUGCUGCUUCACUUGGACUGUUUAUCUAACAUCCUGAUAUGGUUACAUCAUUUAACAUCUCAAACGUUUAUUUUAUCUUUAGUAGUUUCUCUCCAACUAAUGUACGUUUUCAUAUGAGUAAUUUUACACAGAUGCGUCCUCAUGCUGACCAUUGGAAGCCAAAUACUUGUAACAUAGUACCUCUGAGUAGAUGGGAAUGGCUGACUGGGUACUGAUUUGUAGAGACUGAUUCAGUGGUGGAUAGUUGGUGGUCGCUUUUUCAGCUGCAAGAAUCCAGUUUUACGGGAAGCAAAAUGGGGGGUUGGGAAUUUCCAGAAGAUCCUUGGAUGAUUUUUUUUUUUUUUUUUUCCCCUUUUCUUUUCCCUUUUAAAUCCCUGGUGACGAUAAAAAAAUGAAUUCAGGGCAUAUUGGGGUUAUCUGCCCAAACAUGUCGACUUAUUACUGCUGCUUCUGGAUUGGUUGUUUUUCUCCUCUGUUCCACUUCUGUUGCCAUGGUUCCCGGGGGCCACCUGUCCCCAAGGACUGGUACAGUUUAGUGAUUCACCUAUAUUUUCCACCCAGUGGGGUUUUUUUAAAAAAAAAAAAAAAAAAAAAAAAGCUUUAGCAGGUUGUUCAUGUUUCCUCUUCAGAGGCCUUCGCUUUUUAAAUUAGAUUUUACGGUUUUAUAACAAUGUGAGGAAAGUGUAUAAUAAAGACAAUGCGCCCUUUUAUGCCUUCACUAGACUCGUGAUUACCAGAGUCAUCUGUUACACCUAAAAAAAGUUUGAAUAAAUAUAUGUAUAUAAAAUUAGUUGCCUACGAAAUGGUUUAGCUGUUUAUUACAUAGCUUUUAGACAUGGAGAUAUUUAAAAAUGCAUAAAUAUUUCCUGGCUCAAUUUUAUUUUGUCAAUGAUUCCAAAUAUUUUUUUGGAAGAAAUGCAUACGGAUGUCCUUUAUUUUAUGUAAAUGAAAUGGGUUUAGUUGUGUGCAUCCACGAAAUUAGUCUUGUUCUGAAAAGAACACUUUGUCAGAAAUGCACUCACAGGAUUUUUAUUGCAAAUUUGAUUUGUAAUGGCCACGUUUGUUCUACAGGGAGAUUUUAGCUUGAGUACUUUUUCUGUAUAUUCAGUAUUUCCUUUAUCACUGAAUGCAACCAGCAUAAACAGUUGUAUAAUACAAAACUAACGCCAAUAUUCAGGGCCCAAACACCAAACCUUUUAUCCCAGAUAUCAGCAGCAAUGAUGGUCUGCAGGCCUCUGCAAAAGGCAAAUGAUUCCAUUGAGCUGAAACGCUUAGGCUAUGGUUGACAUAGUAGUGGAUCACAUGUAGCCAGAGCCCGUUACUUUUCCCCAGAAUGAGAGCUGUGUUCUGCUGAAACAAAUGUGAAUAAAUGUUCUCUUAUUUCUGACAGUAUGUUUAAAAUGCAAGGAAUAA